GCCCGCCGGCGACGCCGAGGAAUGACGACGUCAGAGCGCGCCGCCGCCGCCGCCAUGAACAGCGUCGGGGAGGGCUGCACCGACAUGAAGCGCGAGUACGACCAGUGCUUCAAUCGCUGGUUCGCCGAGAAGUUCCUCAAGGGCGACAGCUCCGGGGACCCGUGCACCGACCUCUUCAAGCGCUACCAGCAGUGCGUCCAGAAAGCAAUAAAGGAGAAGGAGAUUCCCAUUGAAGGACUGGAGUUCAUGGGCCAUGGCAGAGACAAGCCUGAAAGCUCUUCUUGACCUUGUCAGUCACCUUGAAAAUAGACUCCUCAGAUCUGGAAAUUUGAGCCCUCUGGAUUUUGUCAAUUAAGUUAGCUGUGAAGACAGCCAUCAAUUUAAUGAGGACUUAUUUUCCUCCUGGAUGUUUUCCUCUCACUUUGAACCAUCACUUUUUACUUUGGGAUGAUUUCUCACUUGCUGUGCUAAAACUGAAUGAUUUCUUGAGAUUAUGGUUGCAAUACUUCAUCUGGGAUCUUGUAUCUAAAGACUGAUAAACUUGUCAGGAUAAUCAUGGUUGCCUGACCCCUAGAGUUAUGCUUCAAAGGACAUUAGAUAUACUGUACUGGGGUCAUUGUUCAUGGAAGCAACUGGUUAGGACCUCUUUUCUCUCAGGGAGCUAAUCCUCUGAAAAGGGAUCCCAGCAUGACUGUUUCAAUCAAUGCUUGGGAGCAGUUUUAUUUUUUUAUAGUAACUUAACUGUUCAGAUUGCUCAAUGGUGGACUGGGUUAGCCAACAGGAAGCUUUAACAGUUCCCGGCCUUAACAAGAGGUGUCAGAUCUCAGAUUAAGAUGUGAAAGCUUCAAGAACGUUAGUGCGAACACCAUUUCAGAGUUCAGAGUUCAGUCAUUAAGAUCCCCGGAGUAUGCUAUGGAGGAAAAUCCUAAAUUGCAAAGAUUUGCUGCUGUGGCCAGCUUUCAAGCUAAGUCAAUGAAUUAAGUCAACCUGUAUAUCAUGAAAAUGCCAAAAUACUGUAUCUGGUUAGGGAGAAAGGCAUUUGCUUUAUUUGCGUUGUUUACCCACCCUGCUCUGUAAUAUCUGUAAUCAUGAAGAUGGAAUAAAUUGUAACAUUUCGUUUCUAUCA